AUGGAGCAGCCGGAAAACAGUGGAACGGCCAAAACAGAGAGUGAAGUACCAGCCAGUGCUGAAGUGGACACCAAGAUGAAGAGGCCACAAUUGUCGCGGAAGGACAGCUUCGUUGUCCAGGAGGACAUGAAAGGACAUGGACAGGAAGGCUUCAAUCUGCCCCUUCCCGGCUUGCAUACCCUUCACAGCCGCAUAUGUCUUGGCCGCAUCUGGACCAAUUCCCCCCUGAGCCAACGAAUAAACACAAAACACAACAACCUGGACCUGGAUCAGGUGUCCAAGCUGCGCACCCAGCAACUAGAGACUGAGACGACGAAUAUUAAAGAUGCAGACACAGUCAGCAACCGCCAAAAGCUUAACUCCCUUAAGGAGGAGCUGUCCAAAACGAACGAGGAACGGAAUUACUUUCAGGCCCAGUAUAAAUUUCAAAUGCAGGUGAACAGUGAGCUGAAGAGCCUGCUGGUGGUUACCAAAAGGCUUUGGAAUUCAUUAGUCAACCAUCAUUAG